AAAACAAUGUCCUCCUCAUCAUCAAAAAAUAACAAUGAAAAAAUCAUCUUCAAAUCCGAUCAAAAUGGUCAAAAAGUUUUAGAUUUCUUUAAGGCAAAUGUUAUUUAUGAUACUUCUCUAAAAGCUGGAAAUAAUACUAAAUUUGUUUUAGCUCAUAAAGUUGUCCUAUGUGCAACUAGUGAGUAUUUUUUCAACCUUUUACAUGAAACUAAAUCUCAACCGGAAGAAAGUAAAACAAAAAAUGUUGUCGAACUUAAAGAAAUCGCUGACGCCUCAGCUCUGCAACAAAUAAUUGAUUUCAUGUAUUCAGGUUCAAUUGAAUUGACUUGUCAAACUGUCAAGGGUAUUUUAAGAACUGCAUCAUUUUUAAAAAUGCAAACAUUAAUUAAUGGUUGUUGUGAAUUGAUUGAAAAAAACAUCAAUUUCGACAAUUCUUUGAAUUUACUUUGCAUUGCUAAUGAACUUGGUUUACCCACAUUAAAAGCCAAGUCCUUGGAAUGCAUUAAUUCUAACUUUGACAAAAUAACAAAGAAAACAGAAUUCCUUAAGUUGAAUGAAAACGAAUUAAAAGACAUACUAUUUUUUAAUGAGAAUCUCAAUAAACACUUUGAGAAAGUCGUCUUUUUGUCCAUGGUAGCAUGGAUAAACUAUGACAAAUUGAAUCGGGAACAUCUUGUUUUCGAACUUCUAUCAAAGAUUCGUUAUUGGUUGCUAACUCCCAAGUUUAUUGUUGAAAACCGAAAAGCAGUUUGUAAGACUGUCGAAAGCUAUGAAUUGAUUUGUAGUUGGUUGCAAUGGCAUUUGUCACCGGAAACUCGGUCAAAUGAUGAACCAAAUUGUCAAAGGCCAAAAACAGAUGGUCAACUAUCAGUUGUAAACUUAGCAGCCAGUCAAAAAGCAAUUCAUCUUCGUACUUUUGACCCCAAAGAAAAUGCAUGGUCUAUAAAGGCAAAACUUAAUUUACCAUCAAAAAUAAAGAAUCCCUCAAUGAUUGUGAUUGAUGGUAAAUUGAUUAUAGCUGGAGGAUGGCAGAAUGCAAAUAAUGUUUGGUGUUUCGAUCUGGCCACCUCGAAAUGGAUUGAUUUGCCGCCAAUGUUAAAUGUUCGAUUGAAUUGUCAGUUGGCAGAUUUAAAUGGUUAUUUGUGUGUUUUUAGUGGAGGCGAAACCUCAAUCGAAAUUUAUAACUUUCAUACAAAAACAUGGACUGAAUUGUAUGCACCAAAAAGAUUUAGUCCCAAAAGCAAAAUAGCUGUUCACAAUACAAAAUUAUACAUUCUUGAUUUUCAGGAACGUUCUUUGCAAAAGUAUGAUAUUUCUACAAAUAAAUGGACUUCGAGAAAUAUUAGUUAUAAUGCACUCACUGACUAUGGGCUAGUGGCAGAUGAUAAAUAUUUGUAUAUUUUUGGUGGUUCAUUUAAUUAUAAUAGUUUUGGCGAUUAUGGUAAAACAGUUUAUCGUUAUGAUUUAUUUAAUAAUGAUGCUUGGUGUGAGAUUGCACAUUUACCAAGUGCUCGUCCUGUUAAAGCUGAAAUAUUUGGAAAUAAAAUUAUAAUUUGCGAUGGUGAAAAUUUUGAAGAAUUUGAUAUUAAUACACAAACAUGGAAUAAUUUGGCUAGCAUAUCAAAAGGAUUAAUAGAGCAAGGAUAUUAUUUUUAUAAGUCAUAAGUUGUA